UUAUUAUUUUUUUUUUUAUUUCUCCGUUAUCUUGUUGCUUUGCAAGGCACCAAUAACUAGAAUGAUACUGUUUGCUCAAAUUACCUUUGCUUAGUUCAUGCGCUCUGUAAUACUUGAAAAAAGGAGGCACCUUUAUAUUCACCGCCCUCAAUCUAUCUUUACCCAAUUAUUCGUAAGGAUGGAGGUAGAAACAAAAUAGAGGAGAGAGACAAAUAGAGAGAGAGAAAAAAAAAUGGGGAUGUUCAUGUUCUUGUGGUAAAGGAGGGGAUCUCCGAAAUUUCCAUUUCGCGUUGAAUUUCCACAUAGCUUUUUAGGCGACACGACGCGGAGGAGAAAAGGAGAAAGAGAAGGGGGGGGGGCAAGGUGGAGGAAAGAAAACAGAAAGGAGAAGAUAGAUCCCGUAGGAAACUUAAAAAGGCUUAAAAGCAAGCUAGGGUAGGCUAUUACUUUUCUUGAUUUUGUUUGUGUUUGUAAAAAGCUUGUUUUGAUUGUUUUGCCAACUCAUACAGUUGUUCCACUCUUGAAAAUGCGAAUUUGUCUAUAUUGAAGUGUUCUUAUCUUCUCCAAUACACACUAAUUUCGUUUUCUGCCUGGUGGGCUCAUAGGCUUGCAACACAAGUGUAAGUUUCACACACAUUUGUUGCUUUUUUCCCUCCCCAUAAAGUCAAGACCCCAGAUAAGAUUCAUUCGGGAUUUGGUUCUUCUCUAAUUCAAUUCAAUCUCACAAAACCAAAUCAAAUCGAAGUUGAAACUUUGAAACCUCUGCUUCUGUUUCCUUUGAAAAACAAAAAACCCAACCUAACUCAAAGGAAAAAAAAAAAAAAAAGUGAACAAAAGAAAAGAUUGUUUUUUUCGAUUUGGGUUUUUUGAGCUGGAGCCUCAUCAACAACACUGCAGAAUUCCACUCGGGAAAUGAGAGCCGGGCUAAGCACCAUCCAACAAACCCUAACGCCGGAGGCGGCGAGUGUUCUGAACCAUUCAAUCGCGGAGGCUGGCCGCCGCAAUCACGGCCAAACGACGCCGCUCCACGUGGCGGCGACGCUUCUGGCCUCACCCUCUGGCUUCCUGAGGCAAGCAUGCAUAAAAUCGCACCCGAACUCCUCUCACCCUCUUCAGUGCAGAGCACUGGAGCUAUGUUUCAGCGUUGCCCUGGAGCGAUUACCUACUUCGCAGAACACGAGCCCUUCCAUGGAACCUCCAAUCUCAAAUGCCUUGAUGGCUGCCCUGAAGCGCGCACAAGCUCACCAGCGCCGCGGUUACCCGGAGCAGCAGCAACAGCCUCUCCUCGCCGUGAAGGUUGAGCUCGAACACCUAAUCAUAUCAAUUCUGGAUGACCCCAGUGUUAGCAGGGUUAUGAGAGAAGCUAGCUUUUCUAGCCCCGCCGUUAAAGCCACCAUCGAACAGUCCCUGAAUUCGGUGCCUUCCACCGUUAAUUCCAAUUCCAUCGGAUUGGGAUUCCGGCCUGGUGCGGUGGCCGGAGCCACCGCACCAGGUAGGAAUUUGUAUCUGAACCCGAGGCUGCAGCAGGGGAGUGGAGGCCAAUUGGGACAGCAGAAGGGGGAGGAAGUGAAACGGGUGGUGGAUAUAUUGCUGAGGACCAAGAAGAGGAACCCGAUCUUGGUGUGUGACUCGGAGCCAGAGGCUGCGAUCAAAGAGGUGCUGAAGAAGAUUGAGAACAAGGAAUUAGGAGAUGGGGCUUUUAGCAAUGCUCACGUGAUUCAUUUGGAGAAGGAGCUUCCUUCGGAUAGGGCGCAGAUACCGACGAGGCUGAAAGAGUUGGGAGAUUUGAUUGAGACCCGGUUGGGAAAUUCGGGUUGUGGAGGUGUUUUCAUCAACUUGGGUGACUUGAAAUGGUUGGUAGAGCAGCCUGUUGGGUUUGGAGUUGGUGGUUUGGGUAACAUGCAGCAACUGACUCUUGCCGAGGUUGGGCGUGCUGCGGUUGCUGAGAUGGGUAGAUUGGUGGCCAAGUUUGGUGAGUGUGGUGUUGGCAGGCUUUGGUUGUUAGGCACUGCUACUUGUGAGACUUACUUGAGGUGUCAGGUUUAUCAUCCUUCCAUGGAAAAUGAUUGGGAUCUUCAGCCAGUGCCAAUUACCACCAGAACUCCUCUCCCUGCAAUGUUUCCAAGGCUUGGGACCAACGGCAUUCUUGGUACCUCACUUGAGUCUUUGUCCCCUUUAAAAACCCUGCCAACUACGACAAUCACUCCACUAAGGCGUGCCUCUGAGAACAUAGAUCCUGCUGGAGUAUCAACUUGUUGCCCACAAUGUAUGCAGAACUACGAGCAAGAAGUAGCAGAUAUGUUAAAAGAAACUGAGAAAUCGGAUACUGAAUUUAAAUCAGAGGCAGCUCGACCACCUCUCCCGCAGUGGUUGCAGAGUGCUAGAACUAAUAAUGAUAAUGCCAAAGUAAUGGAUCAAGCUCAGAGUAACAGCCAAGAAGUGAAUAUGAAGAGGAGGACUCAAGAAAUACAGAAGAAAUGGUAUGAUGCCUGCUUGAAUUUACAUCCUAAAUUUCAUCAGCAAAAUGGAAGCAGAGAGAGAAUUGCACCUACUCCUUUCUCAAUGGCGGGCCUAUACAGUGUGAGCAUGCUGGGGCACCAAUUUCAACCCAAAAUACCAAUGAAUAAAAACCUUGGAACCUCUCUGCAAUUGAGCUCAAAUCCAAUGCCUAUCCAGCCACCGGAACGGGAAAGUCCGGUAACAACGGAGCUAGUCCUUGGGCAAACAAAGCCAACUGAUACAGUUCCAGAAGAAACACACAGAGAACGGAUGACUGACUUUUUGGGUUGUCUGUCAUCCGAGUCACUAGACAAGUUUGAUGAACUAAAGAGCAAGAAGCUACUUGAUGCCGACUCUUUCAAGAAGCUCCUCAAAGGUUUGACAGAAAAGGUGUGGUGGCAGCAGGAUGCAGCAUCAGCAGUGGCUACCACGGUGACUCAAUGCAAAUUGGGCAAUGGUAAAAGACGUGCGAAGGGUAACACGUGGUUACUGUUCGUUGGUCCUGACAGAGUUGGCAAGAAGAAAAUGGCAGCAACUCUUUCUGAGCUAGUAUCGGGGUCCAAUCCAAUAAUAAUACCUGUUGCUCAACGGCGUUGUGGGGAUGGAGAUUCUGAUAUCCAUCAUCUCCGUGGCAAAACAGCACUUGAUCGAAUAGCAGAGGCCAUAAGAAGGAAUCCGCUUUCUGUCAUCGUGCUUGAGGAUAUUGAUGAAGCCAAUGCUCUUGUUCGCGGCAACUUAAAAAGAGCCAUGGAUCAAGGCAGGUUCCUGGAUUCUCACGGCCGAGAAAUCAGCCUCGGAAAUGUCAUGUUCAUCCUCACAGCAAAUUGGUUGCCAGAGGACCUUAGGUACCUCUCCAAUGGCACUCCACUGGAUGAAGAUAAGCUUGCAAAUUUAGCAACAGGAGGUUGGCAACUACGUCUAUCAGUGUCUAAGAGAGCAAUAACAAAACGCAGACCAAGUUGGUUAUCCGAUGAAGACAGGUCUUUGAAGCAAAGGAAGGAGGAGAUUAAUAAUUCAGGUUUAGGUUUAUCAUUUGAUCUUAAUGAAGCUGCUGCUACUGAUGCUGAUGCUGACGCAGAGGAUGACAGGGCUGAUGGGUCGCUCAAUUCCAGUGACUUCACCGUUGACCAUGAAGACAACAAUCACAUCCUCCGUGAUCGAAUACCACGCGACCUGUUGGAUUCUGUUGAUGAUGCUAUUGUCUUCAAGCCCUUGAAUUUUGAUCUUCUUCGCCGCAAUUUUGCUUCAUCCAUCGCCAAAAGGUUCUCCACCGUCGUUGGGAAUGGGAUCUCUAUUGAAGUACAAGAGGAGGCUCUUGAUAAGAUUACCAGUGGAGUGUGGUUAGGCCAAACCACAAUAGAUGAAUGGAUGGACAAAGCCUUGGUUCCCACAUUUCACCACCUGAACAAGAACUUCAAUUCAAGCACUCAUGACCAUGAAUCUCUGAUACUUGUUAGGCUUGAAGAUGACGGCCACUCCGAUCGCCGGAGCUCCCAAGAGUGGCUACCUGCUACUGUCAGAGUGGUGGCCGACGAAUAUUGAGACCGAAGUGAAGGGACAAACAGUGGUAAUUUCCGUUUUUGUUGCUGAUAGAAAUGUAAAUAGACCACUUUGUCGGGGAAAAGUCAAAGGCCAUGAAAAACCGUUAUAAGUGGAAGGGUCGGGGAUGUGUCAAAUUUUUUUUUCUUAGAAAAAAAUUAAUUAAUUUUUCAGUUAUAAACUUUAUAUUGUUUCUCUUUUUUUUGUAAGCAUAGCUAUAUUUAUUAAUUAAACGGAGAAUGAUUAUUAUAUCAAUAAAA